AUGGCAAUGAGCAACCACACAGUAGUGAUGGAGUUUGUCCUGCAGGGCUUCUCAGAAGACCCCCAGCUCCGGUACCUGUUUUUGGUUGUUUUUCUUCUCCUUUACGUGGUGGCCCUUGUGGGAAACAGCCUUAUUGUAGCAGCCAUAAUCUUGUGUCCAGGUUUGCACACCCCCAUGUAUUUCUUCCUUGCCAACUUGGCCAUUUUGGACAUCGUCUGUACAUCUACCGUUCUCCCCAAGCUGCUAGAAGGCCUAGUGGUCCAAGUGGACACAAUUUCCUAUGGGGAAUGUCUGACACAGCUCUUCUUCCUGACUUGGUUCCUGGGGGCCGAGCUACUGCUUCUCACAUCCAUGGCCUUUGACCGCUAUGUGGCCAUCUGCCGACCACUGCACUACAGUGCCAUCAUGAGCUGGCCACUGUGUGUACUACUGGCUGUGGCUGUGUGGACAGUCAGUGCAGUAAGCACAUCUAUACACACAGGCCUCAUGGCACGGCUGACCUUCUGUGGCCCCAAUCAUAUUCAGCACUUCCUAUGUGAGAUCCCCACACUAUUGCUGCUAUCCUGCAGCCCUACAGCUCUCAACAAUGUCAUGAUAGUCAUCGCCGAUGCUUAUUUUGGUGUAGUCAAUUUCAUGCUCACUCUAGCCUCCUAUGGCUUUAUUGUGGCCAGCAUCUUGAGAAUCCGCUCAGCUGAAGGAAAGCGCCGUGCCUUCUCUACCUGCUCCUCCCACCUUAUUGUGGUCACCUUGUACUAUUCUACUGUCAUCUAUACAUACUUCCUUCCUGGAUCAGGUACUUCCAUGGAGAAUGGUAAGCUGGUCUCUGUGUUGUACACAGCCGUCAGCCCUGCCCUGAACCCCCUUAUCUAUAGCCUGAGAAAUAAGGAUGUGAAAGCAGUCCUCCAGAAGGUGAUCCCUUCCUCCUGGAAAGACAAAGAAGAUACCAGGUGA